AUUUCUCUGCACUGAGAAACCUUUACAAACCCAAACACCAAACAGAAAACUCUGUUCGAGAAAAAUGUCUUCCAUGGCUUGCAUACGCCAUGCCCGUCGCUUCUGCACCUCCACCUCCACAAUCUCCAUCUCUGCAGCAAAAGCCAGACUCCGAUCAGAGCAUGACCCAGACAAAGCCCUAGCUAUCUACUCCUCUGUCUCCGACCGCUACAAGUCUCCCAUCUCAUCUCGCUACGCUCAAGACCUCACCGUCAAGCGCCUCGCCAAAUCUCGUCGCUUUGGCGACAUUGAAGCUCUGAUUGAAUCUCACAAGAAAGAUCCUAAGAUAAGCCAAGAACCUUUCCUUGCCACCUUAAUUCGAUCCUAUGGCCUUGCAGGAAUGACUGAUCAUGCCCUUCGGACUUUUGAGCAGAUGGAUGAGCUCGGCACAAAGAGAUCUGCUAUAUCCUUUAAUGCCCUCUUGUCUGCUUUUAAUCAGUGCAAGAAAUUUGAUCAGGUACCCAAAAUGUUCUAUGAAAUUCCUCAAAAAUAUAAUGUUUCUCCUGAUAAGAUUUCUUAUGGUAUCUUUAUUAAGUCGUUGUGUGAGGUGGGUUCCCCGGAAUCGGCUUUUCCAAUUUUGAAAGAAAUGGAAGAGAAAGGCAUAGAGGUUACUGCAAUUACUUUUACCACGAUUUUGGAUUCUCUGUAUAAGAAUAAUAAGAUCGAUCAAGCUGAGACAAUCUGGAAUGAAAUGGUUGAAAAGGGUUCUCCAGAUGUUUGUGCAUAUAAUGUGAAGAUAAUGCAGGCUCACCAUGGGAAACCGGAGGAUGUAUUGGCACUGAUUGAAGAGAUGAACGCUGUUGGGUUGAAACCAGAUACCAUCAGUUACAAUUACCUUUUGACUUGUUACUGUAAGCAUGGUUUGAUUGAGGAUGCUAAGAAGGUGUACGAUGGUCUUGAGGAGAAUGGUUGUGCUCCUAAUGCUGCAACUUUUAGGACUUUCAUCUAUCAUCUAUGUAGAAAUGGGAAUUUUAACAGGGCCUUUGAGGUUUACAAGGAGAGUGUAAGUAAAGAUAAGAUUCCGGAUUUCGGGACUAUGAGGCAUUUGGUUGAAGGACUGGUGAAGAAUUCAAAAGUGAAGGAAGCGAAGGGGGUGAUCAGAACAGUGAAGAAGAAGUUUCCACCUAAUUUUCAAAAUGCAUGGAAGAAACUUGAGGUGACUCUAGGUUUGAAGACUGAUGAAGAGAUGGCUGCUAGUUAAUCAUUAGGGAGAUCUUCUCAUAGGGCUUUUCUGGAUGUGGAUUUAUCUGUUGAGAAAUUCAGUUGAUUUUGUACAAUAGUUGAUGGAUGCAAGACCGGGAAGCUUGGAAUCUGGGUGUUUUUUUCCUUCUUUUGCAGGUUAUAUCAAGGAAACCAUAGCUGAAGCUUGUGAUGGUUUCAAUAUUAUUAACCCAUACAGAAGCUUUCUUACUGGAAUCUGAAUGUCAAUGGAAGCUGAAAGAAAUUAAGAAGCACCAAACGAAAGGUAAAACGUCUUGUGCUUCCAAUCUUAGCUUUCUUUAUUUUGGGUUUGGGAGAUGUUGAUCUGUUGUAGCAUUAUGACUCACUGAGUUAAAAUUCGAAUUAAAUUAUAAUGUUCUUUGAAUUCAUGCUAA